AUGACUCCCUCACGUCUUUUAAGCCGUCCCAUCUCAUCCAUAGUUACACUCCUCAGCCUCUUCCUCCUCUACCAUCUUUUUACCGUCCGAUCCAAUCUUCAACAGGUCAAUAAGCGGCGACAUGUCGAUUGCCCUCCCCUUCCGGGCAUGGACGAUGUCCUGGUUGUGCUGAAAACAGGAGUGACCGAAGCAUUGGAUAAGGUACCCGUUCAUUUCCAGACCACCCUUCGCUGCGUCCCGCACUACGUGGUCUUCUCCGACUUUGCAGAGGAUAUUGGUGGAGUCCAUGUACAUGAUGCGCUCCAAAACAUGGACAGCGAGGUGAAGCGGACGGUGCCCGACUUCGACAUCUACAAUCGGAUACAACAGCAAGGUCGAGCAGGUCUCGAGUCUAAUGAUUUCGCCGACGAAGCCAAUUCGGCCAUUGGCAAGCCCAACAACCCCGGAUGGAAGCUAGACAAAUGGAAGUUCCUGCCUAUGGUGCAGGAAACCCUCAAAUACAAGCCCGACGCCAAAUGGUAUGUCUUCAUGGAAGCGGACACGUAUUUCUCAUGGGGAACGUUGAUGGAAUGGCUGUCACAUUUUGAUGCGUCCAAACCGCACUAUAUUGGUACCGAGACACAGAUCGCGGAUGUUAUUUUCGCUCACGGUGGCUCGGGCUUUGUCCUCUCCAGGCCAGCCAUGCAGCUCGCGUCGGAUGAGUACGCCACCCGUACCACGGAGCUGAACGAGUAUACCGACGGCCACUGGGCCGGCGACUGCGUGCUAGGUAAGGUAUUGUCGGAUGUUGGAGUGCCACUACAUUACUCUUGGCCUAUUCUCCAAAACUCGAACGUGGGAGAGUUGGAUGAAUUUACUAAGGGCUUCUAUCGUGAACCCUGGUGCUUCGCUGCCGCUGCGUUCCAUCAUUUAUCUGCGGAGGAUAUCCAGGACCUGGCGCAGUACGAGCUGCACCGAUGGCGACUGACCCAAAAGACCGUCUUAUUACACAAAGAUGUCUUCAAAGAACUCAUUUAUCCAGAUCUCUCGGACGUCCGCGACAACUGGGACAAUCUCUCCGACGAAGAACAACUAGUUGUUUCCUCCUUCAACGAUUGCAAGUCUAUCUGCACCAACGACCCGGGUUGCGUCCAGUUCGCCUAUCGUGGUGGCAAAUGCUUCACGGGGAAAACUCCCCGCUUGGGCGUGCGGAACCCCGAGGCUCAAUCUGGAUGGAUUGUCCGACGAGUCAAGGAUAUGAUGGACCAUGCGCUUCCAUGUUCUAAGCCUAGCUUCGGACUAUGA